CCUCUGCCUUCUAGCUUCUCCCCCCGACCCAUGGCGCAAGGAGGCUCCAUGAUGCCGAUGUGCCGUGCGCCCAUGUGUGCGUGUGCCACUGCCACCCAUAUAUAGCUUUCUCUCACUCGCACCUUCUUCCCCUGCAAAAUUCUCUCUUGAGUGCUUGCAAAGCAACAACCGUCUGUAGUUGUCCCGUAGUAGCCCCCACGCCUUGCCGUUUAUUUAGGGGAACUCCUGGAUCUUGUUUGUGGUUUGCUUUUGGUUGCCAUGGAGAAGCAGGGAGGUGUUGUUUCGUCCAUGGAUGCAAGCGUCCAGGACGUGUGGGACUGGGAGGUGCUCCCUGACGAACAUAGGAGCUUCUACGUGGAGACCAAGCCGGCUGCUGCUGCGUCCCAUGGCCACGGCGCCGACGACGAGCUUCUUCUCGGCGUUCAAGUUCCAGAUCAGGAAACAGAGGAACCGAUCCUGGAUCCUGGAGCCGACGCCGGUCAUGUCGGCGACGAGUGCAAGGACAUCGGCGUCGACGUGGCGGCGGUCGAGACCAGAUCAGCAGCCCAGGAGCAGGAAGAAGCCAAUAUGGUGCCGGCUUUGACGGACAGUGGAGCUGUUACAGAGCCGCUGGCCUCUGACGCUAAGGAGGGCGUCGACGAUGCAGAGGAGGAAGAGAUGAAGAAGAAGGGCAGGGCGCGGCCGGACUGCGUGGUGUUCAGCGUGGGGAAGCUGCGGGUGAACGGGAUCGGCGCGCUGUGCUCCUUCGGGGUCGCGGCGGCCACCGUCGGCGUCUUCCUCGCCGGCGGCCGGCUGCAGCACCAGCAGAAGAUCCAGCAGCAGCAACAGAAGAUCCAGCUGCAGUUCCUGGGCGACGAUAAGAGGAUACAACAGGUUGUGCAGCAGACAUCAAGGCUGAACCAGGCCGUGUCAUCCAUGAUGGGGGCAGGCGCUUCCACCAGGGCCAAGAUCUCCUUCGGUGGCUUCUACGACGGCUUCUGAUGAAGCAGGCUUUAAUUUGGAACGCAGGGAAAAAAAAUCAAGCAGUACAAAUAGUAGUUCCUAGUUGUUGUUGGUGCGAUCAGCAGAUGCUACGCCCUAUAGGGAUCAUCAUGUAAAUAAUUGGGGUGUUAGACAGUGGGCGGUAUGUGUAUAAGGAUGAGGAUGGGUUAAUAGAUUUGUUAUUAAGUUGAUUGAUAAGGGAGGGAAUAAUGACUGUUUGACUUGUGCCGGAAUAGGUUAUGCUUGAUGGAGAAGCUAAUUACUAUACAUGGUUUGUUUAUGCUC